AUGUCUCUUAAUAAAAAUGUACCGUGGUCCUCUAGGACAAGUAAGAUAGUAAAAAACUACAUAGAAAAGAAACAAAAUGUUCAAAAUAUUAAAAAUGUUCAAAUCGCAGAUGCCAGUACCACAGAAAAAACAGAAAAUAAUAGAGAUGAAAGCCAAACUCCCAUGACAUGUGUUAUUCCGUCUUUGGGUUUUUUAUGUAAUCAAAUGCUACAACAGUCACAUCUUGUGCUCCAAACAGGCGUUAAACAAAACGUAAUAGAAGAUACUCCCAAAGAAUCAGUAAAAAAUAUACAAGAAAAAGUAGUACAAAAUGCUGAUCUCAUAGAAAGUCCCAAUGAAGACGAAGAACCAAAUAUUUCCCAAGAAGUUUUGCACGUCACUCCUGAAUAUGACGAAGAGCUACAUAGAAGUCCUGAAAGAGAAUUUGUAGAUUUUGACGACGAUGAUGAUGUGGCGGACCCCAACUAUUCCGAUGAAAAUGAAUCUGACGAGGACCAAAACGAAGAGGCAAAGAAGAACCUAACUCGCAAAAGGAAAGCAAACCCAAUGAAUUGGAAGAAGAAUGUUACGAAAAGGAAACGGUACUCAGGAUUGGGAUACAAAACCGAUAGCGGAAGUCGUGUUAUGAACCCAAAGUUCCUAAAAGAAUCUUGCGGCGAUAAUUGCAAACUCUCAUGUAAAAAUAGAUUUCCUGAAGAACGCCGGCAGACUAUACAUUCCAAUUUUUGGAGUCCAUCAAAAACAGUAGACAUGAGAAGACAGUACAUAGCAUCUAUAGUUACACAGGUACCAAUAAAAAGACGCAGAGAAAAGACUGGUGAAAGAAGAGGAAAAAGAAUCUUUACCAAUUGUUAUAGCUUCGAAACAGAAGGAAAACAAGAAACAGUUUGUAAGAAGUUUUUUUUAAAUACCCUAAGCAUCUCCCAGCAAACAGUAGACACUGCAGUUAAAAAGAAAAAGGAAGGAGGUAUUGUAACGCCUGAUAAAAGAGGAAGGCACCAACCUGCAAACAAAAUCUCAGAAGAAGUUCGACAAAAUGUUCGAAACCACAUUUCAAAAUUUCCAACGUACGAAUCCCAUUACUCUCGGGAAAGAACCAAGAAGAAGUACCUGGGAAAUCAUUUAAAUAUAAGUAGGAUGUAUAGACUUUACUUAGAAGAAUGUAAAGAAAAUGGUUUUGGAUCCGAAAGUAUUGCAAAGGAGUGGCUGUACUCGGAGAUUUUCAACUAUGAAUAUAACUAUUCAUUCAAGAGCCCAGACAACGACACCUGUGACUUAUGUGAUCAACUUCAGCUUCAGAUUCGUGAGUCAGAAUCACUUGAUUCUCGAAAGAAGCUACAAACUGAAUACGAUCAGCAUCUUGCAGAUACGACUAACAGAUACAAACUGAAAUCGGAAGAUAAAAGAAAGUCGAGAAAUAACUUACAAGAAAAAGUCAUAAUGAUUGACCUUCAAAAAUGUCUACCGACACCGGAUUUACAUAAUUCACAGAGCUUUUACUCUCUAAAGCUAUGGACAUAUAACUUAACUAUCCAAGAUGCAACUUGUGAAAAAACUACAGCAUCUCAUAUAGGCGUCAGUUGUAUGAGCUCCUAUGAUGAUCAUCCUGAAAUGCCCCAACAAUGUAACAAUCCUCAAUUGGGUAUUGAAGAACUUGUAAGUCAUUCAUUGACUGAAGAAAACAUAGUAUAUUCACCCACCUGCACAAUCGCCAAUAAUUUAAUUACCAACUUAUUCAAUAAUCCGGGAACGUCUACCUAUAAACCAUGGACAAACCAUGGAGAUAAUAGUAUUACUAGUAAUAUCAUAGAAAAUUCAGAAAAUGAAUACCAAAAAACAUUUACCGUUCUACAAAAGGUCUCUCCAUCUGUAAGCAAUUAUAAUAGUAUGCUUGAUUCUUCCUGCAACGGCCAACAAAAUAACUCCGAUGAUGAUUUGUUGCCAAUUACUGAAGAAAUGCCAUCCCUCAGUGAUGUACCUACACACGAGAAUAUUAGUAAAAAAACUCGUAUUCGUUCUGCUACAAAAAUUUCAACAGCUGCCUAUUGUGAUUUCUUGGACAAUGAUGAGUUUGAAAUUGAAUAUAGUUCAAGCUCUUGGGAUGGCUCAAGCGAAGAAGAGGAUGAAGAUAUGCCAAAAGCAGGAUGUAGAGAAAAAAGAAAAAAUAAGGCUAAAGAACGACAAGCGUUAUAUCAGAAAGGAAAAUCUUACAAGAAGAAUGAUGGAACCAUUGUACCAGAAAAAAAAUUGCGUCCCAAUCCUUGCCAAGGAUCUGAUUGUUUCAACAAAUAUGGAGAUAUUCCUGAAGAUAAACGGAUUAGUGUCUUCGACCAUUUUUGGAAUUUAAGCCCACAAAGACGUCGUGAUUGGCUGGUUUCGAUGUCAAAAAAUGGAGAUGUGAAGAGAAAGAGGGUAAAACAUCUGAGCAGAAAGUCGAAAACCUUCCAAUAUUUUAUAAACGAAGGGGAGGGACAACGACCAGAUUGUCUAAAAUUUUUGCUUGCGACACUAGAUAUAUCGCAAAGAUACGUAUACUACACUCUUUCAAAUGCAUCUUACGGUUUACCCAAGGAAGACAUGCGAGAAAAAACUAUUCCCGCCAACAAGACACCAGAUCACAUUCUUACAUCUUUAAAAAAAUUUAUGACAAGCCUACCAGCACUCCCAUCCCAUUAUUCCAGAAAAGACUCCAUAAAAGUGUAUCUACCUCAGGAAUUCAAGAAUGUAUCAAAAUUAUAUCUGUUUUACAAGUCGGAGCAAACUAAAAAUGGAAUAGACGUUGUAUCAGAAAGGCUGUUUAGGAAUAUAUUUUCAAAAGAGUUUAAAAUUGGGUUUCACGUUCCUAAAAAGGACAAAUGUGUCAAGUGCGUUGGAUUCGAGAAUAAUCCAGGUCCUGAAAAUAAAGCGUUGAAGAAAGCUCACGAGAAAGAGAGAGAUGAAAGUAAAAAAAGGUUUAAAGUUCAUCAAAAUGUUCACAACAGAAACAACUCUAUCAUCAUUCGAUCUUCAAAAGGUGCUUAA